GAGUCGUUUCCCUUUGCUCUUUCUGAAAUCGAUGUGGAUAGAAUAAUCCCCGAGCGGUAGAGCUUUGGGAAAAAGUGUAUUCCGAGAGUUUGUCCGUCUCUACAGAAGCAGCCCGCGUUCUAAACGCACUUUGGACUCGGUCUCUGUGCAUGGAGCUCUGUGGCUGUCCACACAUCGAAUAGGAUAGGAAAGAGGUUGAGUGAGAGAAGGCGAGUGAAAGCGAGAGAGAGAGGGGGGGGGGAAAUAAUCAGGAAGAACUCUCAGCGCACCUUUUAGUUCUCCGAUAUGCAGAUUUGCUGAUAAAACAUCAGUUAUCUGUUCAUCUCAUACAGGUCGUGGAAAACUGCGAGUGCAUGGGAAUCUUUAACUCGUUUUUUCUUCACCGGGGUAUCUCGCCUUGAUUUCGUAUAAAACCCAGCACGAAUGUGAGCUGUAAUACCAGGCUACUGACGGCUCUAUCGGCUCCUUAUUGGCAUUUUCACGUCUAGGCUACUACAACUACUAUUGCUGACUUCUGCCUGUGGAUCUUACCGUUAUAUAUUGUGAAAGGUUUAGGAAGCAGAGGAAGCUCACCUCUCCAGAAUCAUGGGACACUUUCAGCUCUCCCCCAUGCACUCCCUUGGCCUUCGGCUUAUGGUUGUCGUAGCAGUCAUGUUUCUCAAAUUCCAACAUGUGACGGCUAUGUCCUCGGACGUGGACUUGGAUCAGUUUGUGUCUCCAACUGCCAGCGGCAAUGUUACUGUGUGCACCACAGCAGGCACAGCAUGCGAAAAAGGGGUGAUUCUGCCUAUCUGGGAACCUCAGAAUCCCUCGUUUGGGGACAAAGUGGCACGGGCAACAGUCUAUUUCGUGGCCCUGGUGUACAUGUUCCUUGGAGUGUCCAUCAUCGCUGACCGUUUCAUGGCGUCCAUCGAGGUCAUCACCUCUCAGGAGAAAGAGAUCACCAUCAAGAGACCCAACGGAGAGACCACCACCACCACCGUGCGGAUCUGGAACGAGACAGUGUCCAAUCUCACGCUCAUGGCCCUGGGUUCAAGUGCCCCUGAGAUCCUACUGUCCGUCAUUGAGGUUUGCGGCCACGGUUUUGAUGCAGGAGCCUUGGGUCCAAGCACCAUCGUGGGCAGCGCCGCCUUCAACAUGUUUGUCAUCAUUGGCAUCUGUGUGUACGUGGUGCCCGACGGGGAGGUCCGUAAGGUCAAGCACCUGCGCGUCUUCUUCGUCACAGCCACCUGGAGCAUCUUCGCCUACAUCUGGCUCUACCUGAUCCUGGCUGUCAUCUCCCCCGGCAUAGUGCAGGUAUGGGAGGGCCUGCUCACCCUCUUCUUCUUCCCCAUCUGCGUGUUGUUCGCCUGGGUCGCUGACCGACGCCUCCUCUUCUACAAGUACGUCUACAAGCGCUACCGUACCGGCAAGCAGCGGGGCAUGAUCAUUGAAACCGAGGGUGACCGCCCGCUCCCGUCCAAAGUCGACAUUGAGAUGGACGGAAAGAUGCUCAACUCUCACGCGGUGGACUUCCUGGACGGGCCUCUGGGGCUGGAGCUGAACAUGAAGGACCUGGAUGAGGAGGAGACCCGGCGCGACAUGGCCAAGAUCCUCAAGGAGCUGAAGCAGAAGCACCCAGACAAGGAGAUGGAGCAGCUGAUUGAACUGGCCAACUACCAGGUGUUGAGUUCACAGCAGAAGAGCAGGGCCUUCUACCGCUGCCAGGCCACCAGGCUCAUGACCGGUGCUGGAAACAUCCUGAAGAAGCAUGCGGCCGACCAGGCCCGCAAGGCAGUCAGCUUGCACGAGGUUCGCUCUGAUGUGGCCGAUAACGACCCCAUUUCCAAGAUAUACUUUGACCCCGGCUCCUACCAGUGCCUGGAGAACUGCGGCACAGUGGCAGUUAACGUGCUACGGCGAGGCGGUGACCUGACCAAGACAGUGUCAGUGGAGUUCCGUACGGAGGAUGGAUCAGCCAACGCGGGCUCGGACUACGAGUUCACCGAGGGGGUGGUGGUGUUCAAGCCCGGCGAGACCCAGAAGGAGAUCCGUGUGGGCAUCAUUGAUGAUGACAUCUUUGAGGAGGAUGAGAACUUCCUGAUCCACCUGAGCAACGUAAAAGUGCUGCUGGCAGAGGGAGAGGAGGUAGAGAACCCAGAGACCAAUCACGUGGAAGCGGUGGCCUGUCUCGGCCUGCCUGCCACGGCAACCGUGACCAUCUUUGACGACGACCACGCCGGCAUCUUCACGUUCGAGGAGCCGGUGGCACACGUGAGUGAGAGCGUGGGCACCAUGGAGGUGAAGGUGCUGCGGACGUCAGGGGCACGUGGGGUCGUCAUGGUGCCCUACAAGACUGUGGAGGGCACAGCACGUGGAGGAGGAGAGGAUUUCGAAGAUACCCACGGGGUCCUGGAGUUCCAGAACGAUGAAAUCUUGUAAGUUCUUAAGUUAUUUUAAAAUAUUUAUUCAUUUUAUAUGUGGGGGCUGACAUUACACUGCUUAUUAGUGUGCUAUUAUGCUUUUUUGGCCAUGAACAUUUUACAUUUGAAGGAAUAUUUUCAGACAAAUUUCUCAAAAAGUGAGUAGGCUAUUGAAAUAUGUUGUGUAAUGUAUAAAUCUGAAGCCACCAAUGCCGUUUAUUGUCAGUCUCUCUAGUUAUGCAUGUGUAGUCUAUGCUGAUGCUGGGUUUUGUUUGUCUGUGAAUGCAUGUGUUGAUGAUGAUGAGGAUGGAUGCUGAGUGUGUUUGUGUCAUGUCGUGGUCGUGGUGCAGCGGACUGCUUGUGUGCCAUGAGGAGACGUCAUCAACUCCCUUUGUUUCCACUCUCCUCUCUGCUUCUUCUUUCAUUCAUUCAUUCCUUUAUUCAUUCACUCAUUGACUUAUUGAUUUAUUUAUCGAAUGUGUGACUUCUGCUGAGUUCUCAGCAUCUGUGUUUCAAUCGCUCUCAGGUUUAUCCAUGUUGGAUUGCUCCUCGUUAAUUUCAGGGGCAUGACCAGCCUGAACUCUAUAAGCUUUGACCAUUGUUGAUGUAUCGUGAAUUAAUUUCUGUUGUUAUUUUGUUUCUGUUUUGCCACUAAUGUGGUUUCUGUACUGCAUCUCAGAUAACUGUGUAGAUUGGAUCUGGCAUGUCUUACAGAUAUGCCACUACAGGUAUACUGUAUCUCAUUUAAUAUUAGAGACGGUUCGUAGAAAUGUCAGAGACUUGGCAUUCAGGGUUGAAUGAUCAGGUUAGGCUCUAUGCCUGUAUUCACAGUUCUGAAAAGAGUGUCUCAUAUGUUUUAAGGUUUGGGCUAGUUAAUUCCUUUAUAAAAGGACAAGAGCAGAUUGUCUCUGACUCUCUAUUCCCCUCUUUCUCUCCCUCUCUCCCCAUACUCACCCUAAGUGACAUGCAGGGGACAAGUGAGACAGAUGAAUGAAAAGGGCUUGUUUCUAAACAGAUUCAAAGCAGAUGUUUAGGUUCAACUUUCGAGGCCCAUUGCACAGUUUCCAUAGCGUAGCUCUCACAGCGCUGCUCAGUGGAUUUUAAGAACACUUGUCUAAAUGAAAUGAUGGAGCGUCAGAGGUAAGGUAUUCUACAGUACAGGAACCAGUAGCUUACAAUCUAGACCAGCAGCAGCUCUGGGAGGAAUACACUGUAGAACAUCAGUUUUAAUUUUCUGGACUUUUUGGAAUGGAAUGCUGUUAGCUGACUGCUCUAAUUGUGUAAUUGGGUUUUAAUAUGGCAAUAUGAUAUCACAUAGUUUGUUUCAUUUCCACAAAAAUUAUACCUGUAUCUACAUUUGAACUUUUUAUUCAAUAUCUUGCCACAGUAUAUUUCAGGGUUUGAAUUUUAUUCUAGUGAUGUUUGGAGCAAAGGCUCCAGGGCAAGGCUCUGAGGGGGCUAGAGUCCGUAUCACAGUUUCAUCUUCAGACGACAAGAAAGCUAAACCUCCUACCAGAGAACUGGAAAUGUGUUAAACACCUCCCAACAAGCCCUUGAACACAUCCAGAAAGGGGAGAGGACACUGUAACUGUAGAAAAAUGAAUUAGGAUGCAGACGAUCUGAAGUGAAGCGCCCAUGGGCUGGGGGCCCGUGGACUGAGGGCUGGGGGGCUGGGGGCCCGGUGGCAGCCUCUUCUCUGACUCAGCUGCAAGCUCCCUCCACCCUUUGUGUCGCAGUCAAAGUUUCAGCUCUCUCCUCUUUCACUUGGGCUUCCCAUCAGAAAGCGAAGCGUAAUUUGUCUCCAGAAUUGGAUAUGAGGGCCUGAGUAGACUGCUUGAAGAGAUGGGUUGGUGGAGCACUGGCUGUGAUUGCAGUUUGUUUGACCAGAGGAUAGAUUGGGCAAAUGACUGGUGAGUUGCAGGUUGGGCAAAGGACUGUUGAGUUGCAGGUUGGGCAAAUGACUGGAGGGUGGCAGGUUGGGCAAAUGACUGGUGAGUGGCAGGUUGGGCAAAUGACUGGUGAGUUGCAGGUUGGGCAAAUGACUGGAGUGUGGCAGGUUGGGCAAAUGACUGGAGGGUGGCAGGUUGGGCAAAUGACUGGAGGGUGGCAGGUUGGGCAAAUGACUGGUGAGUUGCAGGUUGGGCAAAUGACUGGUGAGUGGCAGGUUGGGCAAAUGACUGGAGGGUGGCAGGUUGGGCAAAUGACUGGUGAGUUGCAGGUUGGGCAAAUGACUGGUGAGUUGCAGGUUGGGCAAAUGAUGGUGAGUGGCAGGUUGGGCAAAUGACUGGUGAGUGGCAGGUUGGGCAAAUGACUGGAGGGUGGCAGGUUGGGCAAAUGACUGGUGAGUGGCAGGUUGGGCAAAUGACUGGAGGGUGGCAGGUUGGGCAAAUGACUGGUGAGUGGCAGGUUGGGCAAAUGACUGGAGGGUGGCAGGUUGGGCAAAUGACUGGAGGGUGGCAGGUUGGGCAAAUGACUGGUGAGUGGCAGGUUGGGCAAAUGACUGGUGAGUGGCAGGUUGGGCAAAUGACUGGAGGGUGGCAGGUUGGGUAAAUGACUGGUGAGUGGCAGGUUGGGCAAAUGACUGGUGAGUGGCAGGUUGGGCAAAUGACUGGUGAGUGGCAGGUUGGGCAAAUUACUGGUGAGUUGCAGGUUGGGCAAAUGACUGGAGGGUGGCAGGUUGGGCAAAUGACUGGAGGGUGGCAGGUUGGGCAAAUGACUGGUUAGUGGCAGGUUGGGCAAAUGAUUGGACGGUGGCAGGUUGGGCAAAUGACUGGAGCGUGGCAGGUUGGGCAAAUGACUGGAGGGUGGCAGGUUGGGCAAAUGACUGGUGAGUGGCAGGUUGGGAAAAUGAUGUGAGAAAUUUCAGUUAGCGCAAACUGCCCUAGUCUCCACACCGUGCUGUUCCACUUCUUCCCUCCAUCUCUCCUGUGCGAGUGCUUGUCAUGUCAGAGGCGCCGUCCCCCUAAAGUUGAGUAUUUAGUCAGUAAUAAGGCUUUUGUGUGGUUUUUCGGUUCGUGUUGCAGCCUCUCCUCUCCCCUCUGACAGGCCUGUUGUAUGGGAAACAUAUUCAGUUAAUUAGCAUGGCUACUCAACAGAGAGCCAUUUGGGUCUGUUUUAGGGUUAUGCCGGUGGCAGUGGUGACCCCAGUCACCAGUGCUGUUCUGUGGUUGGGUUCACAGAUGGCAUGGCCAGUAUGGGUCUAUUAGAUUGAUGAUUUUAUGGAUUAUUCUAUGGAACUAAAUCCUCAAUCCUCUUAUAACUGAAAGGUGUGACUGUGUGUGGAUGAUACAAGAGAGCUGAUCUUAGAUCUGUGUGUGUGUGUGUGUGUGUGUGUGUGUGUGUGUGUGUGUGUGUGUGUGUGUGUGUGUGUGUGUGUGUGU